GUUAAGUUUAACCGUUUAUGAUUUCCAUUUUUAAGACGUUGUCAAAAGUUAUGAAUCAUAUUGCUCAGUAAACGGUCUCAAAAAUUAAAUGGUUUAAGUGUACUAUCUCCCAAGGUUUGAGACGUUACUGAUAGUUGAUUGGUUACGUCUGUUCACUUAUGCUGUCAGUUGCACAAUGGUGUUCUUAAUUCGCUCGUAAUCCGAAGAAUAUUGCAAACUGACCAUUAAAAUGUUUCGAAAAGAACUUUCUCCCACUAGUAUGAGCUGUCACAUUCAAGCCAGUGAUAUAAUCGCUUCUGGUGAAAAGUUCGUAUGGGUCAGCAGAAAAUCUCUUCCAUGUAAAAUGGUUAAAACGGAUUUUAGUGUAUGGUCAUUCGUGAAACAAUCUAUUGGAAAGGAAUUAUCUAAAAUCACUAUGCCAAUCAUUCUUAAUGAACCGUUAAGUUUUCUACAACGUGUUGCUGAAUACAUGGAAUAUUCCGAAUUACUAGAUAAAGCAGUUGGAGAGAAAGAUCCUAUUAAACGUAUGGAGCUUGUAUCAGCAUUCGCUGUAUCUAGUAUGUCAUCGAAUGCUGGUCGUAUUGGUAAACCAUUCAAUCCAUUGUUAGGUGAAACUUACGAAUUACACUACAGGAAUUUUGUAUUCGUUGCAGAACAAGUAUCUCAUCAUCCACCAAUCACAGCUUUUCAUGUUGAAUCAGAUAAUUAUAGUCUGCGUGCUACUCUACAAUUUAAAUUACGUUUUUGGGGUAAAUCAAUUGACGUUCAACCGAAAGCAUUAGUUACAUUACAAUUAUAUCAUUUUAAUGAGUCUUAUACAUGGCAAAAUGUUAAUUUAACAAUACAUAAUAUAUUGACUGGUAAAAUUUGGGUAGAACAUACUGGCACAUUGCGUAUCACUAAUCAUUCGUUAGGAUUAUAUUGUCAGUUAGAAUUUCAUCCAUCUAAUUCGUUUGGACAUGGUUGUAAUCGUGUUAUUGGUGAAUUAUAUGCUUCAUCAACAUUAAAUAAAAUGCAGGCAGUUUCAGCUUCAAAUACAUCUCAUAAUACUACUGUUAAUAGUACUAUUAAUACUGUCAGUAAAAAUAUAUUUAAUCAUCAUAAUAAUUCAUAUGUAUUAAAGAGAAUAAUUUUUGGUAAUUGGUCUCGUGGUCUAUUCACAGUCGAACCGAAUGUUUGGAAUGAAAAGGAGGAAAUCAUUGAUAACCAGCCAAAGAAAAACAGUAAUAACAACGAUAAUAAUGAUGCUGAUGGACAAUCGACCAGCAGUUCUGAAUGUAUUGAAUCAGUGGAUUAUGGAUUCGAAAUACCACUAACUGGGCAACGUUGUCUAUGGAUUGCUACACCGAAACCAAUUAAUUCAAAGGACUAUUAUGAUUUCACACAGUACACAAUGGGUUUAAAUGAAUUAACAAUCUGUAAAUCGACAAUGAGUAAUGAUAAUAUAACUGAUAAUCAAAAAAAUUCAAGCGUGAUCAUGUCGAAUUGUACAAAUAACAUUAGGGAAGUAAUUCCAUGUCAAGAGAAUUCAAUGUAUGAACAGUUUCUUCCACCGACAGAUUCCAGAUAUCGUCCAGAUAUACGUUUAUUUGAAAUGGGUCUUAUUGACAAAGCAGCUAGUGAAAAAUUACGUUUAGAAGAGAAACAACGUUAUAAGCGUAAGUCAUUAAAUGGUCAACGAAAAAUCUCUAAUUUCAAUUGGCCAAUAUCAACUAAUCAUAAGUCGACUGUUAAACAGUUAAAUCUUACAGAUAUGAAUAGCGCUACAGUGAAUAAUACAGCUAAGCAAUUUUUUACAAAUAAUCCAUUUAAAAAAGCAUUUUCAUCAAAUUUAACUGGGCAUCGUUCUACAUUAGCUGAUGACAAUGACAAUGAUAAGAAUUCAUGUAAUUCUUGUACUACUACUACUACUACUACUACUACUACUACUACUACUACUACUACUACUACUACUACUACUACUACUACUACUACUACUACUACUACUACUACUACUACUACUACUACUACUACUACAUCGGAUAUAAGUUCUAAUAACAGUUACAAUCAAAUUAUUAGUCCAUUAUGGUUUAUUCCAUCAGUGAAUCCAUUUACUAAACAAGAAGAAUGGCGAAUGACCGGUGAUUAUUGGAAAAGAGAUUGGAGUAAAUGUCCAGAUUUAUAUUAAGAUUUUGAGUUAUUUCAAUGAUUACAACAUGGUUAUGAUGUAUAUACAUUAUAUAUAUAUAUGUAUAUUUUUCAUACAUGAAAAGUGUAAACGUGAUCAUUUCUUUUCUAUGCUUAUUUAUAUUGAAAUCUCUAUGGCGGACAUGACUUUUAUUAAAGAAUUAAUAAACGCUUCAUUAUACAAUACUGAUUGAUGUAAUAAUAUUAUUAAUGCUUCUUAUUAAAUGCUUCUUUUAUUUUGCUAUUAUGAAGCAUAAAAAUAUUUAGGUUUAUCAUUUCUGAUUUCUUCACACUUACAUAACAUUCUAUUCUUUAUUGAAUGAUAAAUCUCUAUGUCCUUUAAUCCUUUACCCUUCUUAUGUGCAAAACAUUUAGUAAACUAUGCUAUCGAAUUCUUUCAUUUUAUUAUUCACAAGUUUAAUUAACCUCCUCUUGCACGAACCCACAUGCACAUACGUACUCAUGCAUAUCCAUACAUACAAUUGUUCAUUUUCCUUUUGUUUCAAUGUACUUUUACAAAUGAAAUCAUGUGCAUUUCAACUGUUUUGUUCAUUUUGUUUCUGACAUUUUUAUGAUUAUUUACGCGUUUGCAAAUUUAUUCAUUUUUCUUUUCAUCUAGAUAAGAUCUUAUUUUUUUCGUUGAUAGUAUCCAGGGGAAAACUUUUUUUCUCAAGAAAAAAACAUAAAUUUCAACAGUUGAUAUCAUGAGUCCAUUGAAGCUAGACCACCAUGGAAAACCUGGGGGCACUGGAUGCGCAUUGCUGAGGAGUCCCACAAUAGGACGAAAUGGCCGUCCACUGCUUCCAGAUUUUCCAUGGUGGUCUAACUUCAAUUGACUCAUGAUCUCAACUGUUGAAGUUACUACAAUCUCCACAAAACCCCCUCCGAUAUAAACUUCAAUUAAGAACAAAUAAUUUCAUAAUUUUCAACUUGUCUAAAUAUUAUGUAUGUUUAUGCUUUUUAAACAAAGUUUUGCUGAUGUUUUGCUCAUUAUCAUGAUUUUUAAUUAUUUUCAGAUUUUGCUGUUUAAUUAUUGAACGAGGAAAAUAAAAGUGAAAUAUGAAA